CCAUAUACCCACGUUACAUCAAAAUCAAGAAACAACCCAACCGGCCGGCAAAUUGGACCCUUCUUUUUAGAUUCCUACAAAAACACACAUACAGGUCAACAUUUCACCAUUCUUGAUUUUUGUCGUCGUGACAAAGUCCCAAGUUGUUCCAAACAGAACAUCCAACGAGAAAAAGACUUACCAACAUGUUGAAACCAAAAUCAUCUCCUAUGUAUUUACCUCAUAGCUCAAAACACCCAUGAAUUUCAUCAAAAUGACUAAAGUCUGCAAGAAAAUAGUUCAAGUCAACAUUAAGUGGAAGAUAUUUGAUAGAGUUUCAAUCUUUAAAGAUUUUUUUCGUUUCAUUUGGGAAAGAAUUAUUGUUUGUUCAACUGGAAGGAAACCUGUAAGAUACAGGCGUUUGUCUAGAAGAACUUUAUCAACUCAGGCCAUGGAGGAAGUUGAACAGUAUGUUGUAGAAGGGGAAAAUGAUGUUUUGAAUGCAAGUUGUAGUGGGUAUGAUAGUGAUUCAGAUUUAGUUACUUUGAAGAUCAGUAUUUUGGGUGAUUGUCAGAUUGGUAAAACAAGUUUUGUGAUUAAGUAUGUAGGUGAUGAACAAGAAAAGAAGUGCUUGCAGAUGAAGGGAUUGAAUUUGAUGGAUAAAACAUUAGCUGUACGAGGUGCAAGAAUUGUAUUUAGAAUAUGGGAUGUAGGAGGUGAUCAUAGCUCAUGUGAUCAGAUUCCAAUUGCUUGUAAAGAUGCUGUUGCCAUUCUUUUUAUGUUUGAUCUCACUAGCAGGAGUACAUUGAACAAUGUGAUAAGUUGGUAUAGUGAAGCAAGAAAGUGGAAUCAGACUGCCAUUCCAAUACUAAUUGGGACCAAAUUUGAUGAUUUUGUCCAGCUUCCACCAGACAUUCAAUGGUCAGUAGUGACACAGGCAAGGGCAUAUGCAAAGGCAAUGAAAGCAACUCUUUUCUUCUCAAGUGCAACACAUAACAUCAAUGUGAAUAAGAUCUUUAAGUUUAUUAUGGCAAAGCUGUUUAACUUGCCUUGGACUGUCCAGAGGAAUCUUACUAUUGGGGAACCAAUUAUUGACUUCUAGAGUUACUCUGCUCUUCCUACUGAUGUUAACAUUAUGUUGUAAAUAGUGAUAUCAUUUCUAACACCCUUUUCUUUUGGCCUAUGGCCAGAAAAAGGAGAUUGAGUUCUUUAACAUGUAAUAUUGCAUUUCCUUUUCACUUUUUUUUUCUUUUCUCUUUGUAAUAGGCAAAAGGGUUCUUGUAUUUGUGGAGUUGAAAGUUGAAGGUAAUUCUUAGUAGAGAAUGAAGAAAAGUUUCUUGAAAUUCAGAGAUGUUGAAAAAACUAUUUGUAGGAAUUUGUUGCUUGACGCUUAGGGGGUGACAAAAUCAAUCAAUAAAAGUAUGAUCAUUUUCAAUUCGUUCAA